AAGGGACUAGAUCUCAAGAAGUAUGGAUGAGAUCUAGGAGAAAGCUUCGACAGGCAAGAAGUUGCUGUGCUAGAAGUACCACAAUUGGUGGGAGCAAUGAACGUCAAUAUGGUCAGUUGGCUAGUCGAACGAGUGAGGGAGAACAUAUCAAAGUCUCCAGUCAUUUCGGAUCAAGAAACCACUCCAGUCGAGACGCGAUUCGUACGAAAUAUGCAAGACUUGAUUUUCCCUAUUUUGAUGGCGACAACCCGAAAGGUUUGAUCUAUCGAUGCAAACAAUUCUUCAGUUUCAACAAUAUUACAGAAUAA